UGAAUGAAAUUGUUACAUCAUAUUAUAUAUCGCACUUGCAUCUGGAGCAAAGUCAAUGCUAUGGUCAGCCUGCGACCGCCAACGCCAGCAGCCACUUACGUCGUCGUCGGCCGAUGCAUUGCACUUGAACGAGCGGGUUUAUUUUCAACCGAGAGAGCUGUUUUUACAUCAGCCAUUUGGCGCGCGCGCUGCGCUCGCAGAUUUCUUGCGACGAAGAAGGAUACCUACAACACAAGACACAUGCGGAAAAGCGAAGGAAUCAAGUUCGCAAGUUCGCUAGGGGUUCGUUCGUUGGGGUGGGAUUUGAUCGCUACCGGUAACGAGGCUGGCGCAUUCGGUGGCGCUGGCUAAGAUGGCUAGGCUAAAUUCAUUCAGUAUAAAACGAGAGGAUUGUUCUUGAUUAGAUACAUUCCGAUUAGUUCUUUCGAUUAGACAACACCCGCAGGUCUCAUUUAGGCAAAAUGGCAUUCAAGUUCGUGACCUUCCUCGCUCUGGUAGCCGUUGCCCGCGCUGGAGUCAUCGCUCCUGUUGCCUACUCGGCGCCUCUGGCUUAUGCCGCUCCAGUAACCAAGACCAUCGUUGCCGAUGAGUACGACCCCAACCCACAGUACUCCUUCUCGUACGGAAUCUCCGAUGCUUUGACCGGUGACCAGAAGUCCCAGCAGGAAUCUCGCAACGGAGACGUCGUCCAGGGCUCUUACUCGCUGGUUGAUGCUGAUGGUUACAAGCGUACCGUUGACUAUACUGCUGAUCCUAUCCACGGAUUCAACGCUGAAGUCCGUCGUGAACCUCUGGCUGUUAAGACCAUUGCCCCAGUUGUUGCUGCCAAGACCAUUGUCGCCCAGCCUGCCUAUGCUGCUUACGCUGCUCCAGUUGCCAAGACCAUCUCCUAUGCCGCUCCAGCUGUGACCAAGACCAUCGUCUCUCAGCCAGCUUAUGCCAGCUAUGCCGCUCCUUUGGCCACCAAGACCAUUGUGUCGCAGCCAGCCUACGCUAGCUACGCUGCUCCCGCUUACUAUCACUAAGUGAUAGAUACCUAGAUUGAAUGUC